ACAGAAAAUGGGCGAUAGCGCGAUUUUGUUAGCUCAAAAGAGCUUUCUCAGAGGACCCGUGACCAACAAUGGGUUUGUAAACUUUAUGCGAGAUUAUGCUGCGCAGGCACGUGGGUUGGACGUACCUGAUGCAAUAACCGUUGGCAAAAUGUGGAACAGGCUGACCCCAUCUCAACGGAGGAACUAUCGGUUUAUGAAUGUCGAUUGCGAGGAUGGAAAUGAAAGCAGCAAAGAAAGCGAGAAUGGCAGUGAUAAGGCCAGCGAGAAUGAAGACGAGGACAUGGAUGACGUCGAUGGAUGACGCGGAUGAUGCGGAUGAUGAUGACUUGGAUGACGGUUGUUGUCCCAAGAAACGGAAGAAGAAAUCAUGCUGCCCAUCAACACCGUGCUGUCCUAAGAAGCGUCGCCGUAAGCCAUGCUGCCCCAAACCCGCCUGCCCCCCACCGAGUCCAUGCUGUCCGAAACCGAAGCCAUGUUGCCCCCAACCGAAACCAUGCUGCCCGAAGCCCAGGCCACGCUGCCGCAAGCCGAAGCCUUGUUGCCCUAAACCGUGUUGUCCUAAACCAAGGAAACGCUGCCCGAAGCCUUGUUGUCCGAAGCCGUGCUGCCCGAAGCGCAAGAAGCGGUGCUGCGCGAAGCCCAGGCCCUGUUGUCGGAAGCCCCGGCCACGCUGCACAAAGAGAGUCAAAUGCCAGAAACCUGGCCCAAUUACAAACAAUGGCUACUUGAACUUCCUGCGGGCCUAUCGCCGCAAGCACUGCGGGCUCAAACCCAAAGAGUUGGUCAUGAAAGCAGCGCGAGCAUGGUGUAGACUGCCGGAAUGUAAGAAGGAUUACUAUCGCCGCCAGGCUUGCAGAGUUACCAAGAGCUGUCGCCACAAGCGGCGUAGAGUCUGCACUGGAAAAUGAGAAUGCCCUCGGCUAAAACAAUGUUUGCAGAUCUUGUCAACGAUGCUAACUGUUAAAUGUGCUGCAUUUUGUCCCUAGUCUCAAUUAAAUCAUCAUCGUCACAAGUCUGCACCAGCUGAGGCGCUACCAUCCACCUGAAUUUGUCCCAAUGUUGUCUACCAAAACCAUCUGUGAAGUGUGCUGCGUGUCGUCCUACUAGAAAUUGCGUCACCUAAUCUUUUAAAAA